UACCCGGGUUGACAUGAGGAGCGGUCCCAAAAUUAACUCUCUUAACCAAAUCUCCCCUUUUAUCGUCUCCCUCCUGGAGCAUACUCAGUGAUACGUUAAACUACAACUACCUUGGUCAUGGCAACAGAUUCGAGCUGGCCUUGCGAUUUGUCGGGAAUAUACGAUCUCAAUGGAUAUACCAUUGACCAUUGGACCCUACAAACGAACCUAUGCGUUAGCAACAAACUCGUACUCGCCUUUAGCAUUCCAAACACUGUAUUCUCCUGCUUUGUGUGCGGAUUGAUGGUGGUGUUCAUGAUACGUGACUUUCAAAUUGUCGGGCGUCAAUGGACUUUGAGCAAGGCAUUUUAUCUUGCUACUAGCAUAACAUGCAUGGGAUUAAUGAUCGGGAGCCUUGAAGUUUUUGCAAAGGGCCGGGCGGUAUCCGUUCUGAAUUCAUUGGUGUGGAUCUUUGGUUCCGAAGGUCUUAUGGUGGCCGCGUUCUGUACACUCUUUCAUUGGGUCAAAUUCACGAUUCAGAUGGUGGACAUGCACGAACAAGAGAUUUUGCGACAAGAAAUGAUCCGACUUCGCAAAACACUGCUCGUUCCAACACAUACAGUCUUUAUAAUCUGUCUACCCAUUCUGUUUGUUCGUGCUGCUUACUACAGCUUGGAGAAUCAAAAGAUCUAUAACAUAGCUUCACUACUUUACUUUGGUUCGAUGAUACCAUGGUUCAUCAACUGGGCAGUCUGUAGUUACAAAUUCUCUAUCCACUUUUCUGCGAUCAUUGUGGAAGCGGUGAAGUCGACCUCACAGUUCAACAUGGAGAUUAAGCAAACUCAAAACCCUCAACAAGAUGCGUCUGCAUUGACACCCCAAACGCAAACCACGCUUGCUGGAACCGCUACCAGUCACAAAAUGAGCAAUCCCGCUAGAUUACGGGGGCAGGAGAUGCUGAAAAUUGCCCAAAGGGUGCGAUGGGUUGGAAUUGGCAUCGUCAUGGACAAGGUUCUCUUUACCGCUGCAUACCUGUCAGUCAUGAUUUCAAGCAGCAUCUCUUGGAAAAGCCCUCCAAAGAAUACUGCUCCGUACGGAUUCUAUGCCUUUUAUUUAAUGGUUCUUCCAGGGGCAAAUUUCUUGAUCUUAGCAAUGAGCUAUUAUCAUUACCGAACAAAGCCUGCGAAAUCAGCGUCCUCGUCGGCUUCCAAUGCUUAAGCUGGCAUGGGGAAGGAGAGUAUACCAUGAGCCUGCAGAUACCAACGAAUUUUCUCCUUCUCUCAUAAUUAGGAUCUUCUGGACGAAGACGGACAUAUAUAGGUUUUGUUUGUACAUACAAUUUAUCUCAAGCUGGCUGAACCAGUAACAUCUGUACAACCGCAUGUCCAAACUUUUAUACCAG